GAGUCACUACUGCGCGCUCCGCUGUAUGCCACGUACAGGUUUACGUCGACAAGCGGGCAGACUUCCUCAUGUGAGGCUAGGAUUCUGUGUUUGCCAGCCCUGGUUAAAUAUUUUGGCUGACAAGGUCCUGAGAGAAAUACCGACACAACAGUGGGAUUAAGUCGUCCAGUUACAGGUGGGAUACAUAUAGCUGUCUGUUUCGAUAUGGCUAAUAUUGACAACCUGGAUCACAGUUAGCAUUUCAACCUAACGAAUGAUACUAGUAUCGGAGGUGGGAGCAGUAGACUGUACCAUGAACGGACAACUGGACCUGAGCGGCAAGCUGAUCAUCAAGGCCCAGCUGGGCGAUGACAUCAGACGCAUCCCCAUCCACAAUGAGGACAUCACCUAUGACGAGCUGGUGCUGAUGAUGCAGCGUGUCUUCAGGGGCAAGCUGCAGAGCAACGACGAGGUCACCAUCAAAUACAAGGACGAGGACGAUGACCUCAUUACUAUUUUCGACAGCUCGGACCUGUCUUUCGCCAUCCAGUGCAGUAGGAUCCUCAAACUCACUCUCUUCGUGAAUGGUCAGCCGAGACCUCUGGAGUCCUGUCAGGUAAAGUACCUGCGUAAGGAGCUCAUUGGCAUCAGGAACAAAAUUAACGGUCUCUUGGAAUGUCUGGAGCCCCCCUCAGAACCUGGCCUGGCUGCCUCCGCACCAGACACGGACUCGGUGGAUGUAUGUGAGGGGAGGGUGGUGGCAGCGGUGAAGCAGGCCCCGGUCCCAGUCAGUGCGGCCAGCAUGUCGGCCUUCGACCCCCUGAAUAAGCAGGACGAAGUCAGCAAGAACGUCAUCUCCGCCUUUGGCCUGAGUGAGAACCAUGUCUCAGCUCCCCCGGGUGUUUCGUCUGUGGAGCGGUCAAAUACUCCAGACAGCAUUGCGUCAUCGUCGUCCGCCGCCCCCCAGCCACAGGCCCCCUACGCAGGGAUGCAGCAGGGACCCCCAGCAGCCCUCGACGGUCAGAUGUACCAGCAGUACCAGUCUCCAGGUGGAUACCCUCCCCAGCAGCCAGCACCGCAGCAGCAGUAUGGCAUGCCUGCAGGAUGCACCCCCCAGCCCGGCACCCCUCAGCCUCAACAGCAGCAGUUCCAGAACUACCCUGCCCCCACCUCCCAGGCCCCCACCCCCAGCCAGGGCCCAGCCCCCGGCUUUCAGGGAGGCCAACAGCAGGCCGCUCCACCCCAGGGUCCCCAGCAGUACCCCCCAGGUGCCUUCCCUCCCCAAAACUACACCUCCCAGGCCAACCAGCCUGCCAACUACAGCCUACCCCCCACCUCCCAGUCUGGCCAGGGUUACCAGGCCCGUCCCAGCUACACUCCUCCCCCCGGUAGCAACGUUACCCCCCCUCCUGGGGCGUCCAACCCCUAUGCCCGCAACCGGCCCCCCUUCGGCUCGGGCUAUGCCCAGCCUGGCCCUGGGUACCGGUAAAAGAGAAGGAAUGGAAAACGUUAUCCACCCACCCCUCCCCUUUGUGUCCUGGCUGGCUCUGUUUGGCCUGGGUUCGGUAAACAUGGUCUGCUAAUCGGUCCAUCCGUCCUUCUGUCAGUCCUCAGUCACUGAUGAGUCCAUAUCCAAAACAAACUACAACCCCCCCCCCCCCCCCCCCAUCUGAUCGUCUGUGUUCUGUCUCGACCCCACCACCACACACACAAACCCAUGUUAUUGUCUGUCUCGACCCCACCACACACACACACACACCCACGUUUUAUUGUCUGUGUUCUGUCUCGACCCCACCACCACACAUACACACCCAUGUUAUUGUCUGUCUCGACCCCACCACCACACAUACACACCCAUGUUAUUGUCUGUGUUCUGUCUCGACCCCACCACCACA